AUGCGGUCUUUCCUAACUCAAAAGCAUAGCUAUGAGAUAAGAUCUCAGAAUAUCAAUCCUAAUGCAUCAAAGAGAGUUCAGCGUAGACCAUUAGCAUUUGUUAGCAAUCAACUGAUUCAGCCACAAACUUUAAUUUCAAAAACCACAACAAUAUUUGAUAGUGAUGAUGAGGAUGAUGUCAUUCCAGACGAAAUAGAUCUACAGAUUCUUACUUCUCCAAAGAAAAUUCAAGAUAAUGAUGUCCAAAUUAAAUCAGAAGAUGUUUUCGUUCAUACAGAAAUGCAAAUCGGAGAUCCCACAAACAUACAAGAUGUCAUUGAAUAUGAAAACAUUAUAUAUAGAUCUAUGAGAAUUAGAGAAUUACAAUUUCCACCUGUCAUCUUCAAGCAGGCAAUAACAAACUCCCAAAAAGGCCAAAUGAUAGACUGGAUUGAUAGAUUACACUACAAGUCUCAAUGCUGCACAACAUCACUAUAUAGAGCAAUCGGAAUAUUUAACAGAGCAAUUAAUCUUACAAAUAUAACUCCUGAUUCUAUGAGGCAAUUUGCUGCUGCAUCAUUAUUGAUUGCAUCUAAGAUGGAAGAUUUGCAACCUGUUUCAAUUGAUAUUCUAAUUCAAUGUUCCAAAAACACUUUAAACAGAGAAGAGCUUGUCAGAAAAGAGAUCCAACUGGCAAAUAUUACAGAGUUCGACUUUUGCUUCCCUACUCCAUUAUUCUUCCUUAAUUAUUUUCUCAGAAUCAGUGGACAAACUCAAGAGUCAAUGUUAUUUGCCAGAUAUAUUGUUGAAAUGUGUCUUACCUCAGAGAAGUUUAAUGAUGUCAAAGCUUCAGCUAUUGCUGCAACUGCGGUUGUUAUAAUGCGCGUUGUUUACAGUGAAACGCCAUGGACCGAAGACCUAAUGAUGUUUUCAAGGUAUUCAUUAAAGGACCUUUCUUCCAAUAUUAGAGAUGCAUACGAGAUCUUGACUGAUCUUGAGCGGGAAGAAUCAACCUUCAUCAGAUUAAAAUAUGGAUCAGAUACAUAUCAGAAUGUUGCAGAGUUCGAAAUCCCUGAAACUAUUCUCCAUUAUAUCGAAUAA